UUACUGUAUACUGAGGUAAUGAAAAUGGUAACAUAGUAACUACAACGUGGUAUUUUGCAUUCUAUUUUAUUCUUUAAAUGUGCUUCCUGCGCUUACUAUGAUUUUUCACAGUUUAAAACGACUGAACGUUUGUCUGUGCUUUCCGAAUUCUUUCCUUAUCAUGUCUGUAAAGGGGGUGCACACAUGUCCCCAAACCACGGGAGCAGCGCAAGAUAACCAGCUAUUUGACUUUGGCAGCCAGAUUGCACUAUUUGUACGCAUUGACUGCUCUCUCACUGCACGUAGGCCAUGGAGAAUUACCUUUAUGUGAGCUGAUAGAAUUCAAAUGUGUCAUGUGCAUUUUGCGUCGCAUCCAAAACCGAGAUAUACUGUCUUUUGUCGGCUGCUUAGUUUCCCGUUGCGUUGCUGAUACCUCAGCAUUACACAGGGUUAAUGUGAUUUGUUCGCUACCUCCCCCCAUCCCUUUAACUCUGACCCUCCCACUAUUCGCGAGUACUGUUGAACCCCCAUGCAUUUCACCGCACAUUCCUCCUUACGCCCUCCUCUUAGACCUCCUCUUCCACUCCCCUCUCCUUCUCCCUCCUUCUUCUCUAGGGCGUAUUAUGGCGCUCCACUCAAAAACUGCAAUUGUAUACGUGGCGCUGUUUUUCGCUCAUGUUUCGUUACCAUUUUUCUCAACGAAAACUGCAGCCAGCGGUGCAGGAUCAACGAGUGGCCCUAUAGACCCUUAUGAUGCCCUGUAUUAUACGGGGGUCCGGGCUUAUUUCAGGAAAGAGUGGGAGAAAGCGGCGGAGCUGAUAGAGAAGUCGAUCGCAUCCCGGGAGUCACUUUUCCAGACACGUCGAAAAUGUCACGACAGCUGUGUCACAGCUGGACACGACCGGCUGCCUAAACUGGAUGCUGAGAAGGGCAGUUUGUGGGACUUAUGGGCUCUGGACUGGGUCCAGCAGAGGGCAGAGUGUGUCCAAUACUGUCUCGCUCAAGCCAUCAGCCCAGCAGCCCUGCUCCCUGUCUCUGAGGACAUCCUGUAUGAGUUUGGCAUCCGCAACCCCUAUAACUUCCUGCAGGUCACGUACUACAAGCUGGGGAGGGUGCAGAGGGCCGUGUCUGCAGCUCACACAUUCUUUGUGGCCAACCCAAACCACCUUGAGAUGAGGAACAACUUGGAGAAGUACAGGCGAAUGAAGGGAGUGACAGAGGAGGCCUUUCAGGACAGGGAGAGAGAAAAGAAGAAGCACUGGUCACUGUAUGACAUGGCAGUGCUUUCGGAAUCCUCCUCUGAAUGGCCCCGCACGGUGGAGGAAUGGAGGGAGUGCCUGAAGGAAACACUGAAGCAGACAGAGGAGUGCCGGGUGCAGUGUGUCGUGGAGGGGCAGCGUUUCCCUGAAAGAGAGCCGGAAGCCUCGGAAGGCGUGUUUGAGAGGGCUGCAGCUCUCUCCCUUUCCUUGCUGGCCUGUCAGCAGUCGUGUGUGUCCGUCGUGUCAACACGACCCGGAAGGAUCUCUCCUCAUGAGGACCUCCUUCCAACGAUCCUGGAGCACUUACAUAUCGCCCAGUUCAAAGCGGGAGACCUGAAGGGGGCAGUGCAGACCAUUCGCUCUCUCCUCCUCUUCUAUCCAUCCGAUUCAGAUUCUCUCUCCAACUUGCAGCUCUACUUUGAGAAACUAGGGGGUGACACUGAGUCCCAAGAGGCACAGCCCUCAGAGGAAAUUUCCAGCUAUGUUAAGAGAUCAUUACUAGAGAAGAAGUUGCUGUUUUUUGGAGCUGAAAACCUGGAUUUCAGUUUCAUCGACCCAGACUUAUGGACCCCAGAAGAGGUUGUUCCCGAGUCCUUGAGAAAGGCUUGGAGAGCAGAGAGGGAGAAACUGCAGGAGAGAGAAAAGGAGGGACAAAGAGAGGAAGAGAUGGAUGACAGCGGUUUCUAUGCAGGGGGCCACGUUCCUCUUGUUGGGGUGGAUAUUGUCAUGGACAGUGCUGCCCUGAAUGGGACCAAUCGCGUUGUGCUGGAUGGAGUCCUGUCGCCAAAAGAAUGUCAGAACCUGCUGCAGCUUGCCACCGCCGCUGCCUCGGCAGGAGAUGGCUAUCGGGGCCGGAGGUCCCCCCACACGCCACAUGAGAAGUUUGAGGGUCUCACCAUCCUCAGGGCUCUAAAGAUGGCACAAGAUGGGGUCCUAAACCAGACAGAUGUUAAGCUGCUGCAUGAGAUCGGGGAGCGGGUGCGCACCCUUCUGCAUUCCUACUUCAGGAGCCCCUCCCCCCUUUACUUCUCCUUCACCCACCUGGUCUGCCGCACUGCCAUCACAGGUCAGCAGGAGGGAAGGCAGGACCUCUCCCAUCCAGUUCAUGUGGACAACUGUCUGUUGGAGGCUGAGACACGGCAGUGCUGGAGGGAGCCGCCUGCCUUCACCCACAGGGACCUCAGUGCCUUGCUGUAUUUGAACGAUGACUUUGAGGGUGGGGAUCUCUUCUUCACAGGCAGAGAUGCUAAGACUGUUUCGACUACAGUGAGGCCCGCUUGUGGACGCCUCGUGGGGUUCUCCUCUGGACCCGUAAACCCCCAUGGGGUUACCGCGGUGACCGCCGGACAGAGAUGCUCAUUGGCUCUCUGGUUCACUAAGGAGAAGCUCCACAGAGACAUGGAGCGGGAGGAGGCUGAAGCUCUGUGGGCAGCAGAAGGACAGAAUGUGAAGAAGGCCGACGAUGAGGACGAAGAUGAGGCCCGCGGCACCCGGCGCUUGGCACAGAGGCAGGGCUCCAGGGAAAAGAGCAAAUCCAAGGACAGAGUGAUAGGGGCGCGAGACGAGCUGUGACCUAACAGCAGGAGUGGCGCCAAAGAGCCAGCGCUUAGGACUGGAUCACAGCUUGCCUUGUUUCCUGUUUUGGCGUCUGUGUUUGGCUGACUUCCUGCACAUUGCAGAUGUGUAUAGUGGUUUCACUUGCCCAUAUGACCCCCCUCCCCACCCUGGCCAGGGUGGUCCAUCCUGGAUCCUGCAGUCCAUCCCCUCAAUGUCCACAAAAACCUGGGAUCUGUGGCUUAACCUAUGCCUUGGAGUCAGGAGGUUAACCUUCAUUAACUAGUCGUGAUGUUCCUUUCCUUCACCACAUCCAUGUUACAGUGGGGGGGGGGGGGCAUUAACUGUGGGGUCAAGCUCGCCCACGCCUUAACACUGAUGCUUUGAGAGAGAGGAAAGAGGGAUAGAGGAAUAUAAAGGGAGAGAGGGAUUGCGGUUAAUCCCUCAUAAAUAAGUGAAUUUGUUUAUGAAGAUUAAAAUCUCCAUUUAGAAUAUGGAAUUGUAAUCCAGGAGUAAUCAUUCAGUCGCUCACAUAUAACACCCCUCCCCCAUCACAACCUGAUCCAUGUCACGUUUAACCCUUUCUAAUUAACCCACGCCCUUCCAUCAAUCUCAUUGUUCUUUGUGUAUUACCAGACCAUUUGUAGGAGAUCCCUGUUUGUAUAGCAUGAUAACCCUCUCAGUUCCUCUCUUUACCAUAAUCCAUGUUUAGCAGUGGAAUGAGUUCAGUGGGAUAACGCUUGUGCAAUUAAGUGGAUGUUAAUUUCUUCUGAUGCAAAACAAUGUGUAUAUAGUGCAAACAGUUGCUUUCACUUGCUACAUUUUGAAUAUAUUUCUGUGCCAACAAUUUACCACUUUUCUUCCACCAGGAAAUAAAAUGAGAAAUUAUCAGAUAA